AUGGCGGGGACCAUCUCCCGCAUCCGGCUGGAGAACUUCAUGUGCCACUCCAGCUUGCACAUCGAGCUCGGCGAGCACGUCAACUUCAUCACCGGGCAGAACGGCAGCGGAAAGAGCGCGAUCUUGACGGCUCUGUGUAUCGCCUUCGGCUGCCGCGCCAAGAACACGCAGCGGGCCGCCACCAUUAAAGAUUUCAUCAAGACUGGCUGCAGUUAUGCAGCAAUUGCUGUUGACAUCAACAACCAAGGGGAAGACUCGUUCAAGCCUGAUGUAUACGGAAACUUAAUUAAACUGGAACGCAGGAUUACUGAGUCAUCAAGUUCUACGAUUUUAAAGGAUCAACAUGGUAGGAAGGUGGCAAAUCGCAAAGAUGAUCUUAAUGAGAUAAUUGAACAUUUUAAUAUCGAUGUUGAAAAUCCUUGUGUAAUUAUGAGUCAAGACAAAAGUAGAGAAUUCCUGCACUCAGGAAACGACAAGGAUAAGUUUAAGUUCUUUUUCAAGGCUACUCUUCUUCAACAAGUCAAUGAGUUACUGGAGACAAUAAGAGAUCAGCUGAACAAUGCAGACUCUGUUGUUCAAGAGUUGGAGAAGUCAAUUAAGCCAGUGAUGAGAGAACUUGAUGAAUUACGAGAGAAGAUAAAGAAUAUGGAACACAUAGAAGAGAUAGCACAUGAUAUCGAUAAUUUGAAGAAAAAGUUAGCCUGGUCAUGGGUUUAUGAAGUCGACCAGCAAAUUGAGGAACAGACAGUGAGACUCCAGAAACUCAAAGAACGAAUUCCUGCAUGCCAAGAAAGAAUUGACCGAAAUACAGUCGUUAUAGAUGACCUGAAGAAAGAGCUUACUGAAAAGGAAGAACUUGUAAGAUCUUUAGGCGAUAAGACUCAUGAAGUGAACAGCAUGAAGAAAAGUAUGGAAGAUAACAUUGCUGAGGUUGUGAAGUUGAAGAUUGAACUAGAGGCAGAGCAUGAGCGUGGGACACGUACGCUGGAGAAAAUGAAUGGCCGGUUGAAACAAAUGCAGGCACAACUCCGUGAUUUCCAAAUGCAGCAUAUGCAAUUUACUCAAGCUGAGGCAUCUCAAAUUGAGGAAGACAUGCAGAACAUACAACGGGAGAUUGAUUAUCUUGAUUCAAAUGUUACAAGGUUAAGAGAGGAAGAAAAAGAAUUUUCUGAAGAGUUAUCAGGCAUCCAAAAGUCUAUCAGUGACAUAGCAAAAGAGAUAGCUGAAAGUGAUAAAAGGAUACUCCAAUUGAAAUCUCACAUGGAUGGUCUUCAACAGCGUCAAAGUAAUACGGUAACGGCAUUCGGGGGACAAAAAGUUCUGAAACUCCUGCAAUUAAUAGAAUCAAACCACGGAAGAUUUAGGAGCCCCCCUAUUGGUCCGAUAGGGGCUCAUCUGCAACUUGCUAGUGAGUCCUGGUCUGUCGCAGUUGAUUUCGCAUGUGGAGGGCUUCUGGAUGCAUUUAUUGUCUCGUGUCAUAAGGAUUUACAAGUUCUGCGAGAAUGCGCGAAUAGAGUGUAUUACAAUAACCUUCGAAUUAUUGUGUAUGAUUUCACUAGACAGCGAUUGAUCAUUCCAGAUGGUUCACUUCCUACAACAGAGCACCCUACAGUACUAUCAGUUAUUCAGUCAGAGAACCACACUGUGCUGAAUGUAUUGGUAGAUCAGCAGAUAUUUACUAAAGUUUCUUUGUGUCAGGGUCACGCUGAAAGGCAGGUCCUGGUUCGAGAUUAUGAAGUCGGAAAAUCUGUUGCAUUUGAUCACAGGAUGCGGAAUAUAAAGGAAGUCUAUACCUCUGAUGGGUUCAGAAUGUUUUCUAGAGGUUCUGUUCAGACUAUUCUUCCUCCAAACAAAAGGCCAAGACCUGAGCGUUGGUGCAGUUCACCUGCAGAAAAAAUAGCUGAACUGAAGAAUGAAGUUGACGGUAUUCAAAGAAUAAUCUCGGAAAAGAAUGCUCAGAGAAGGAAGUUGGUUAAUGACCGAAGUAACCUUGAACAGAAAAUAGCAAAUUUGAAGAGAAAACGAGAACCUGAGGAGCGCCAUUUAAUGAAUAAAAAAGUGCAACUUGAAGACGGAAGGAGAGCUACUGCUGAAAAUAAUAGGCAUGCUGCUGUGGACACCACUGAACUAGAGGAGGACAUAAAGGAAGAGAAGAAUAACAUUGAGCAGAAAGAACUAUCACUGCAGAAGACUAAUGUGAAGUUAACAGCAGCUUUACGAGAAGUGAAUGAUAGAAGAACGGCAUUCAAGACCUUUAUGGAUUCUGUGAAUGAGGAGAGAUUACAUUUUAGCAGCGCAAAUGAUGAACUAGAUCUUGUUAAGCGUAAAAUAGAUGCAGCUCAGCAGGAGAAGACUCACUAUGAAGGUGUCAUGACAACUAAAGUUUUACCUGAUAUUAAAACGGCUGAAGCAGAGUAUGCAGAUCUUCAGCAGCGUCAGCAGGAGUACUUCAAGAAGGCUUCGAUUAUUUGCUCUGAGAGUGACAUGGAAGCUCUGAGUCAUGUUGCUGGAUCCACCCCUGAACAAUUAAGUGCUAAGAUAAAUAGACUGAAACAGAGAUUUGAUCAAGAAAGCAGAAGAUAUGCUGAGUCCAUAGAUGAUCUGAGGGCAUUGCAUGACAAAAAGGAACGGAAAAUCUUAAGAAAGCAACAGCUGUAUGCAGGUUUUAGGGUGAAAUUAAAUUCAUGUCAAAAAGCAUUGGACUUGCGAUGGAAGAAGUUCCAGAGGAAUGCUGGCCUUUUGAAGCGACAAUUGACAUGGCUGUUCAAUGAGCACCUGGGAAAGAAAGGUAUCAGUGGGUUCAUCAACGUAGAUUACAAGAGUAAAGUUUUGUCUGUUGAGCUGACGAUGCCUCAAGAUGCAUCCCGUGAUACUGUCAGAGACACUAGAGGACUGUCAGGAGGGGAGCGAUCUUUUUCAACACUUUGCUUCACUUUAGCUCUUCAUGGAAUGACAGAAGCACCUUUUAGGGCCAUGGAUGAGUUUGACGUUUUCAUGGAUGCGGUGAGCCGCAAAAUAAGCUUGGACACCCUCGUAGAUUUUGCUGUUGCACAAGGGUCACAAUGGGUAUUUAUAACACCGCACGAUAUCAGCAUGGUGAAGCCUGGAGAUCGGGUCAAGAAGCAGCAAAUGGCCGCCCCUCGCGGUUGA